UGAACACCGGUGUUCCAUGCGAUCUCAUUUCCUUUCACCUUGUUUUAGGAUCUGAAGAUCUUAUUUAAAUAUUUACUUCUUUUUAAAUAAUUACAGUCCAGAAAUAUAGUUUUAGACACUUGCUGUACACAGGAUUUUAUGAAUGGUUGUGACUUGGGGUGCGGGGAGAAGGUUAUGGAUAAGGGAGGAAUGUAAGAGCCAAUUUUUACAACUUCUACCCUCAGAAUCUUUAAGUAGCCUAGUUGAGAUACAACACCUAUUUCAUGAAAAUUACCAUUUAUAUAGCAAACUGCUUACUCAGCUUAAAAAGCUGACUAGCUGUAAUUCUGUCUGCCUUUGUCACUUGCUUUUGUGUUUGAACCUGGGUGUUCUGAUUUGAACGUUUGCUUCAAACAAAACAGUGAAACCAUCCUCGGUGGGUCUUUUCGUUUUCCCUGUCCUGCCUUUCUCCGGACUCUCUUCAUUUUCUUUCUGUAUCCUGUUGUAAGACUGUCAUUUUCCUCUCUGAGUUCCUAAAGGAUAUUUCACUAUAAACAAACAGUAAACAUUUGUCAGCAACAAGUAAAAGGUGCUUGUCAAUACUGAUGGACUGGGAGCUAUACAAAAUCAAACAAGACCAUGUCCGCGAUUUUUUAUGCCAUAGAUGUACUCUUGCAUAGACAAGAGGUGUGGAAGACAGAAUUGAAAGAGGCAGUGAUCAGAAUAAUGUUGCCUUCAACAAUAAACUCUAAACCGUGGUCUUCUAACAGGAGCGCUCCUGACUAGAUGGUGGUGUGUGGUUAAAGAGGUGGGGCUUAGGAAGUAAAUGGGGUAACAAUCCAUCCCCUAAACAGUAUAUGUUAAAUUUCUGGUGUAGGGCACCUGCUUAGGAUUCAUUCCUUUUUCUUUCCUCCUUUUAAAAAUAACUGCUUUAUUCAGAUAUAAUUCUCAUGCCAUGCGACUCACUCUUUUAAAGGGCACAAUUCAGUGGGUUUUUUUUAGUAUAUUUACAGAGCUGUACAGCCGUCACUCCAAUCAAUGUUAGAACCGUUUCACCACUCCAGAAGAAAGCCCCAUACCCAGUGGCAGUCACCUCCCCAAGCCCUUUUGUCCUAUCCCCUGGCAACCACAAAUCUACUUUCUGUCUCUAGAUUUGUCUAUUCUCGAUAUUUCACAGAAUUGGAAUCAUGCAAUAUGUCAUUUGUUAUAACUAGCUUCUUUCACUUAAAAUAACGUCUUCAAGAUUCAUUUGUGUUGUGGUAUGUAUCGCCACUUCAUUUCUUUUGAAUGCCAAGUAAUACCCUAUUGGGUAUGCCACAUUGUUUUUUUAAUCUAGUCAUCAGUUCAUGGAUUUCCCUUUGUUUUGGAUAAUAAACUUCCACUAAUUUGCUGGUUUCAUACUUCUUAAAGCCGUGAAAAGCUUAUUUAUGUCUAAAUAAAACCCUUUAUGACUGCACUGAGUGGCAGACAGGGUCUCCGAGGUGCCUUUGGCAAAUUUAGGGUUGUUCGGAAGCAGCUAAAACACUUUGACAAGUUUUCUGUUCUAUCAGAGCCAGUUGCGUUGAAGACAUUUAUAUCCUCUAGCGUCUUGUCUGUUAAAAAACAAGAAAAAGAUCCUGAGUCCCAGAUCUUGCUCCAGCUUUCGUCCACUUUGUGGACGAAACUGAUCUUUAAAAUUGUCUUCCCUUGUUGCCUCUACUUCUGCACUUUCCAUUUGUUCCUCUGCCUCUUUUCUUGUCAGGGUCACUCAUGGCUUCCAUGUGCCAAGACCAGGAGACACGUCUCUGCUCUCAACCUAACUGGCUGUCUGUGGCACUCAGCGCCCCUCCUUGCAGCUCCAGCUGCUGCUGAUUCCCCGCCAGGACCUCCCCUCCCUGCUGCCCUCCUCCUGUGCUGGCUCCUCCCCUCUCUCCUGUGCUGGCUCCUCCCCUCUCUCCUGUGCUGGCUCCUCCCCUCUCCGCUCCUAAGUGUUGGCACCCCUUGGCUUUGGUUUGUAAGUUGUUCUGAAAGAGUCCUUCCCUCUCUUCAUUCACAGUUGUAGGACUCAUAACAGAUUAAAGCAAGUUCCAUUGGAGUUUUUCUCCUUAGCACUGUAUUAGUCUUGUUUUAGCUUGCCCGUAUGUCAACACAGUAAAUUCUAGUUCUUGUCAAAUGUUGGUGAUUCAGACUGUUCACCAGUCCCUCUGAUGUGAGAUUUCGCUGUGUGUACACUGCCGGCUCUGAGAGACUGCGCUGUGCCGUGGUGUUCCUUCCUCCUGUCCCCUCUCUGGCAUGGCCACGUGAAUGGCUUCCCACGAGAAUCAGUGUGCCUUCCUGUUUUCAAGAAAUGAGGCAACAUGAUGUGCAGGAACUGAAUCGAAUUCUCUUUAGUGCUUUGGAAACUUCUUUAGUUGGGACCUCCGGCCAUGACCUCAUCAGUCGUCUGUAUCACGGAACCAUUGUUAACCAGAUUGUUUGUAAAGAAUGUAAGAAUGUCAGUGAAAAGCAGGAAGACUUCUUAGAUCUAACCGUAGCAGUCAGAAACGUGUCAGGUUUGGAAGAUGCGCUCUGGAACAUGUAUGUAGAAGAGGAAGUUUUUGACUGUGACAAUUUGUACCACUGUGGGACUUGUGACAGGCUGGUGAAAGCUGCAAAGUCGGCCAAAUUACGUAAGCUGCCUCCCUUUCUUACUGUUUCAUUAUUAAGAUUUAAUUUUGAUUUUGUGAAGUGUGAACGAUACAAGGAAACUAGCUGUUAUACAUUCCCUCUCCGGAUCAAUCUCAAGCCUUUUUGUGAACAGGGUGAACUGGAUGACUUGGAAUAUAUGUAUGACCUCUUCUCGGUCAUCAUACACAAAGGGGGCUGCUAUGGAGGGCAUUAUCAUGCGUACAUUAAGGACGUCGACCACUUGGGAAACUGGCAAUUUCAAGAGGAAAAAAGUAAACCAGAUGUGAAUGCGAAAGAUCUUCAGAAUGAAGAAGAGAUUGAUAAUCCACUGAUGAUUCUAAAAGCAAUCUUAUUACAGGAGGAGAGUAAUCUAAUUCCUGUUGAUCAGCUCAGCCAGAACCUCGUGAAGAAGAUAGGGAUAUCUUGGAACAAGAAGUAUAGAAAACAAUACGGACCACUGCGAAAGUUCUUACAGCUUCAUUCUCAGAUAUUUCUGCUCAGUUCAGAUGGAAGUACAGUUAGCCUACUGAAGAACUGUCCUCUGCAGGCUGAGCCCAGAUUCCAAAGGAAUGAUCCGCAAGCAUUCAAGACACUUACCUCAGAACCCCCAGCAUUAAAUGACAGGGCCUCCUGUCCCCACUGGUUUGAUAUAAAUGAUUCCAAAGUCCAGCCCAUCAAGGAAAAGGAUAUUGAACAGCAAUUUCAGGGCAAAGAAAGUGCCUACAUGUUGUUCUAUCGGAAAUCCCAGUUGCAGAGACCUCCUGAAGCUCGAGCUAAUCCAAGAUACAGGGUUCCAUGCCAUUUGCUAAAUGAAAUGGAUGCAGCCAACAUUGAACUACAAAGAAAAAGGGCAGAAUAUGAUUCUACAAACAAUAAUUUUGAAUUGCAUCUCCACGUGGGCCCUCAUUACCAUUUCUUCAAUGGGGCUUUGCACCCAGUCUCUCAGACAGAAAGUGUGUGGGAUUUAACCUUUGAUAAAAGAAAAACUUUAGGAGAUCUUCGACAAUCUAUAUUUCAGCUGUUAGACUUUUGGGAAGGAGACAUGGUUCUUAGUAUUGCAAAGUGUUUACCUGCGGGACUUCACGUCUACCAGACACUUGAUGGAGAUGACCUGACACUGUGUGAAAUUGAAAUUGCUGAUGAGGAAGACAUCUUUGUAUGGAAUGGAGUGGAGGUUGGUGGAAUCCAGAUUCCAACUGGUAGUGACUGUGAACCUCUGCUUUUAAAUGUUCUUCGUCUAGCAACAAGCGGCGACGGCGAAAAGUGUCAGCAGCUGACAGAGUCUCCACAGGUCUUUCCAUCUAACGCAGAAGUAGGCUCUGUCUUCCCAGCCUUAGCAAUUCCAGCAGGUGUCAUCUGCAUCAGCAGCGCUGAAGGUACGGAUGAUGAGGGCUGGACCGCCAUUCCCCCGGAAGACUGGAGGAAGACAUUCAGAGAGCAAGGCCUCAGAAACGGAAGCUCGGUUUGGAUUCAGGACUCCAGUCAUGAUAAUAACAGUUUGUUGACCAAACAAGGGGAAUGGAUCAGUAGUGUGAAUGAGACCGACUGGAUCCAAGUUAAAAAUUUAUGCCAAUUAGAAUCUGAAGAGGAGCAAGUUAAAAUACCAGCAACUGCUAACACAGUGGUGUUUGAUAUUCGAAUUAAAGCCAUAAAGGAAUUAAAAUUAAUGAAGGAACUAGCUGAGAACAGCUGUUUGAGGCCUAUCAACAGAGAUGGGAGGCUGCUUUGUCCAGUGCCAGACAGUUGUACUUUGAAAGAAGCAGAAUUGAAGACGGGGAGUUCGUUGGGACUCUGUCCUGGAAAAGCCCCAACUUCCUCUCAGCUGUUCCUGUUUUUUGCUGUGGGGAGUGACCUUCAGCCUGGGACAGAGAUGGAGACCAUAGUAGAAGAAACAACAACUGUCAGAGAUUGUUUAAAGAUAAUGCUGGAGAAAUCUGGCCUACCAGGAGACACGUGGCAUUUACGAAAAAUGGAUUGGUGCUAUGAGGCUGGGGAGCCUUUAUGUGAAGACGCAACUCUGAAAGAGCUUACGGUGUGCUCCGGAGAUACUUUGCUUUUAAUUGAAGGAAAACUUCCUCCUCCGGGCUUCCUGAAGGUGCCCAUCUGGUGGUACCAGCCUUGCGCUCCUGCGCGUCAGUGGAGGAGUCACCAGGACCAGAUGAACUGUCCCCCCUCUCAAGGUGGGGCCUGGGAAGCCACUGCCGCCCAAGGUGCUGCUGGCGACACACAUGCAGAAGUGCCCCUCCGCUACGCGGGAGACGUCGAAAUCUCAGAGGACGCCACCUUGAUGGAGCUGAAGUCUCAGGCCAUGACCUUGCCGUCCUUCUCAGAGUUUUCCAUCCCCUCCCCAGCCUUCCUCAGAGCCUGGACAGUGGAAAGCAAGCGCCCCGGCAGGCUUCUCCGAGUCAGCCAGCAGCAGCUCAGGGACUAUAAACUGGGAAGGAGAACUGAGAUCUGCUUAGAGCCCCUUCAGAAAGAAGAAAACUUAGGCCCCCAGGACGUGCUGCUGAGGACACAGAUGCGCCUCCCUGGCACGAGGGCGUACGGGCCGCCCGUGGACGUGGUGUGGGACACGGCCCGAGGCUGGACUGCCGCCUCCCUGAGGAGGCGCAUUGCUGACUUCUGGUGCCUUCCAGCUGAGAAGACUGAAAUUGCCAAAUAUUUCCCUGAGAAGUUUGAGUGGCUUCCAGUAGCGAGCUGGAGCCAGCAACUUACCAAGAGGAAAAAGAAGAAAAAGCAAGAUAAUUUGCAGGGGGCGCCUUAUUACUUGAAAGAUGGAGAUACUGUCGGCAUUAAGAACCUGCUGGUCGAAGAUGACGGUGAUUUCAGUACAGUCAGAGACGACGCUGGAAAAGAGAAACAGAAGCAGCUGGCCCUGGGAAGGAAGAGCAGCCAGGAAGCCCCUCGCGUGAGGAGCAGCGGCGCUGUCUCCGGUGCAGAGACGCCUGUCCGGCCCCCAAGACCAGAAGCUUCUCUCUCCAUCCACGUUGGGAGUUUCAGAUAGCACCAGCGGCCACCGCUGUCGCGUCCCCGUGGGCACAGCGCUGGCCGGUGCAGGUAGCGGGGCCUCUGCCGUCAGCCUCAGACCGGCAUGGGCCCACGCGGGCAGCCUUGUCGGCUGCCUCCUGCAGACUCGGACACCAAGGCCUCUGCUCUAUCACCGGCAGGUCCCGAGGAGGCCGGCACAGACCCAGCCAUGGCUCACAGGCGCCGGUCAGACACUGCCCUCACGCCACACUUGUCCCCAACCGCCAUGUUUAUAAGGAAAGUCACUAGUUUUGCAUUAACUGCAGGCAUGUGACAACCUGCCGCUUAAAAUGCGCUCUGUCUACACUGUUCAGGUGGCUUCCGGUCUCGGCAUUAACCGGGUCUGCCUGCUCAGUUCACUGAUGGUGGCCGGGCGCAUGCUGUGACGUAAGGAAAGGAGGGCGGUCUGCUUUCUGGUCCCCACAGCACGGCCCCACUUCGGUCUGAGUUGCACAAUUCUGAAGCGCUGGCUGUCUGCCCGGAAUGAGCAGGCGGACGGGACGUCCUCUGAAGCUCAGGACAGCUGCUGAGAAGGCUGGUGAGGGGUGGUCUGCAGUAGGUGUUCUCGCUGCGGGGGCAGCUGCUCCCGGGCAGGACAAAGGGUGACGGGGGACAAGCCUGGCACGGGCCGAGCUGAUCGCCCAAGCAGCCUCGAUUACAACGGAAAGAAAAAAAAGUCAACUAAGAUUGUUUUCCUCUUGGCUCAGCGUCGCAAACCAUCAGAAUUCAAAGAUUUCAUUGGCGUUUACCACAAGCGCAGGAGCACCGGACACUGGCCUGACCUGCUCUCGGCCUAACUCAGUGGAAGGCAGAAUUCCUGAGAAGACACAGUAAACCUUACCUUCCUCACCUGCCCUGAGGCUUUGAGACGACGCGCCCGCUAAGAACAGCCAGCGCUUGUGGUGCCGAGAGCAGAUGGGAAGCCCGGGGUCUCGGCCUGCCCGCAGCCCUGAGGAAACAAGGUGAAUGUCCGAGCCCCGCGCUGCCUGUCCCUGGAGCUGGACACGAGUGGUUGCCCUGCCUUCCCUCUGUCCCCCUUCCGCUCUGUCCCCGCCGCUGUCGGGGCCCUUGGCCUCUCCUGCCUGAGACCGGGGCUCAGGUCGUAGAGCAGCGUGCACAGAAGGAGCUGCACUCGGACUCAGCGCUGCUUUCAGGGUCUGAACACGAACCAUCACGGACACCUGCACACACGGUUCAGGCCGUGUCUUCAUGGGCACCUUCGCAUUGGGGACGACACCAAACCCAUAAGGACCGUGAGUGGCUGGGAGCCCAGCCCUCAGUAGAAGCAGCCUGUUCUUUUUAACUGACAUGUCUCCGCGCUGUGCCCCUUCGUUUCAUUAUAAGGUAAUAAAACAUCAGUGCGGUAGCCGGAAAGCUGUGCUUUUGAGAAGCCAGAGGCCUCACUGGACAUGACUCACUGACAUGGGCACAGGGGUGUGCCUUAAUGUCCACAGCCAGCGUCUGCCGGGGCCCGGGGACAGGGUGGGCUCCGCUGGUUUGCCCCUCCGUCCCCCUCCUCCUCCCCCUCCCCUUUUUCCAAGUCGGGGAUGGAAUGGGGCCACAGGGAGAGAGCUGUACAACUUCAUUAAAAAAUAAACGGUCUUCAGGCUGUGUCCUGUGCUCCUGUC